GCGCAGCCGGCCCCCAGUCGUUUCCCGCGCGUCCUGCGACUCCCGGGCUCGCCGUCCCACCACCCCGCAGCAUGGCCGUCAAGAAGAUCGCGAUCUUCGGCGCCACCGGCCGGACCGGGCUCACCCCCCUGGCGCAGGCGGUGCAAGCUGGCUACGAAGUGACGGUGCUGGUGCGAGACUCCUCCAGGCUGCCCACCGAGGGGCCCCAGCCGGCCCACGUGAUUGUGGGCGACGUCCGGAAGGCGGCCGAUGUGGACAAGGCCGUGGCUGGGCAGGACGCCAUUGUCGUACUGCUGGGCACUGGCAAUGACCUCAGUCCCACCACAGUGAUGUCCGAGGGCGCCCAGAACAUUGUGGCAGCCAUGAAGGCUCACGGCGUGGAGAAGGUCGUGGCCUGCACCUCGGCCUUCCUGCUGUGGGACCCAGCCAAGGUGCCCGCACGGCUGCAGGACGUGACCGAUGACCACAUUCGGAUGCACAAGGUGUUGCAGGAGUCAGGCCUGAAGUAUGUUGCUGUGAUGCCACCCCACAUAGGGGACCAGCCUCUGACGGGAGCCUACUCGGUGACCCUGGAUGGACGAGGCCCCUCUCGGGUCAUCUCCAAACAUGAUCUGGGCCACUUCAUGCUGAGCUGCCUCACCACCGACAAGUAUGAUGGGCACAACACCUACCCCUCCCACCAGUACGACUAGCACUGUGCCCCAUCGAGCAGGACGGCAUGCUGGGAAAUGAGUAGCCCAGGAAGGCCAGCUGGAGAGUCCAGGAGCAAUCCAUCUUGAGCCAAAAGCUUCAAAUUAUUAAAAAAAAUACCUCGCUC